UGGUGAAUAAGUUUGGGGUCCAAAGCGAUGGCCGAUGAUUCCGUGGUUGCGGCGGCCUCAGCGAGCGAGCAUGCUCCUUCUCGACGUCCACAGAACAAGAAGAUUGAAGGAAAGGGAUCUUGUCGAGGCAAGCGAACUCGAUCCGAGUCAAAUCUUGGUCUAAAGCCGACGAACAAGCGAAAAAAGGGCGUUGGGUCCACGGACGUUGCUGAAGUUGAUAUCGACAACACGGGAGCAGGGGUCGACAACGACGAGGUGGAGGCGUUGCAACAAGAGAAACAGCGUCUUUUGGCAGAGUUGCGACGGUACACGGUGCUGGGGGACGCCUCGGCCGACACGCCACCCCCCCCACAUACGUCGUUGUCCCGGCGCAAUAGUCAGACGUCGUUGGUAGGUGCGCCGCCGUCGUCCUCCCCCGCGGCGCUUCCAUCUUCAUCCACCGAUCCCAUGAAUCCGACAUCGUCGUUCCGUCAUUGGGACUUUCUCCUGCAAGAGAUGCAGUGGAUGUCGACGGACUUUGCGCAGGAGCGCAAGUGGCGCAUUCGCAAAGCCAAGACGUUAAGUUUGUCCGUGACGAGCUACCACGGCAAAAAGUCCACGGCCGCGAUGCGUACCCUGCAGCACGAAGAGCAGGCGCGGAAGCGUUUUGCCGCCAAGAUGGGCCGCGACGUCAAGAAGUUUUGGCUCAAGGUCGACAAGUUGGUGGCGCACCAAGUCAAGGCCGCCGAGGACAGUCGGCGCAAGGCAUCGAUGGAAACCCAGCUCCAGUUCCUACUCCAGCAAACGGAAAAGUACGCGUCGGCGCUGGCCACGACGUUUGCCAUGGCCGAUGCGAUGAUGCAUGAUGCCAACAACCAGAUCUCGUACGACGAAGAAGGCUCAGACUUUUCAGAAGUAGAAGAACCAGCAGAUGACGAAAGUACGAUUGAAGCCGAGGAACAGUUGCAGUCUAAGGCAGAUGUGGCCAUGGAAGUCGCGCUCCUUCAAGAAGAAAGCACGAUGUCCAUUCAAGCCUUGCACGCCAAGUACGCGGCGAUCAUGGAAGAAGGAGAGGAAGAAGAAGAGGGAGAAGAUGGAGAUGAUUUAGCCUGGAAUAAGGAUGUAACCCCCGCGAUAAAUUUGGACGAGAAGACGAGGAUACAGACCCGUGGACAAGCAGAAGGUACCGAGUCGGAUGGCGACUUUGAAAUGGACGAUAUAGAAGAAGCAGCAGAUGAUGAAAGUACGAUUGAAGCCGAGGAACAGUUCCAGUCCAAGGCAGACGUGGACAUGGAAGUCCAGUUACUUCAGGAAGAAAGCACCUUGUCCAUUGAAGCCUUGCGCGCCAAGUAUGCGGCGAUCAUGGACGAAGAAGAAGAAGAAGACAUGCAUGGCACGACGACGCUGGCUCAAACCGCGCCUGUAGAGACUAGCAGAACAAAGAGGGCCACCAGCAAGAGGAUGUCGGACAUGGUACCACUAACAGAUGACGCCAAUGAUGUGUGGACGCAAGUGGGCCUCGAACGUCCGUUUCUACUGCAUCAUACGCUGCACUUGCGAGCAUAUCAAGCUACGGGUGUGGCGUGGCUGCUGUCGUUGGCACACAACCGCAUGAAUGGGAUUCUGGCCGACGAGAUGGGACUGGGCAAAACCAUCCAGACGAUUUCGCUCUUGGCGGCGCUGGCCACGGAAGGGUUAUGGGGGCCGCACUUGGUGAUUGUGCCGACGUCGUGCAUCUUGAAUUGGGAGAUGGAGUUCAAACGGUGGUGCCCUGGGUUCAAGGUCAUGACAUAUUACGGCAGUGCCAAGCGGCGUAAAGAGUUGCGACUCGGAUGGUCCAAAGUAAAUGCUUUCCAAGUGUGCAUUACGUCGUACCAGCUGGUGGUGGCGGAUGCGCCCUGCUUUAAGCGCAAGAAAUGGUACUAUUUAAUCCUCGACGAAGCGCACAAUAUCAAAAACUGGAAGUCGCAGCGAUGGCAGACCCUGCUUACGUUCAACACACAGCGUCGGCUGUUGCUCACUGGCACGCCAUUGCAAAACAAUUUGAUGGAAUUGUGGGCGUUGAUGCACUUUUUAAUGCCACAUUUGUUUCGGUCGCGAGCUCAAUUCAGCCACUGGUUCAGCACCCCCAUGAAUGCCAUGGUGGAAGGGGAAGCGGCCGUGAACGACCAACUAGUGUCACGAUUGCACAAUAUCAUUCGGCCGUUUGUGUUGCGCCGGUUGAAAAAAGAUGUCGCCAAGCAAAUGCCUGGCAAGUUUGAGCACGUGGUCGUGUGCUCGUUAUCGAAACGGCAGCGGUUCCUAUAUGAAGACUUUAUGGCGCGAUCCAGUACACGCAAGGCGCUGUCGGGGGGCAACUUUAUGGGCAUGAUGAACGUACUCAUGCAGUUGCGCAAGGUAUGCAACCAUCCGGAUCUGUUUGAAGCGCGCCCGGUCCUGUGCCCGUUCGACAUGGCGCCGCUCACAGUGUCAUAUCCGUUUGCAAACUUGGCAGUCGUCGGCCGACAUCGUCGCACACUGGGCUGUUUUUAUCCAGAUAAUGGGUUGGUUACAUCCGAGGUGGCUUGGCAGGCAAGGCGGACGUUGGCGCCGUCUGUCCAAGUGUUUAUCGACGAUGUAUCUAUGGCACCACUUGAGAAAGAAGAACAAGAAGAAUGGCUACAACAGUAUGCGACACUGUGGAAUUUUGCCACCCAGCAGAAAACCCUGCGACAGGCAGCUACACGGGCGAAAGCAACUGCCAAUGCCUGGAUCAACCACUGGCGAUGCAUGGAAACCACCCCAUUUAUAUCCCAUGAACUGCUGCGUAUCGCGACCAUGCCGGUAUUUAUUUCGCCAGCGAUGGACGUCCACAACAAAGUUGGCAAGGCGACCAGUACUGCGUUGGCUGCGAUGGUCCAGUCGCCCACGUCUCGCCUUAACGACUGGCUCGAGAUCAUGCUGAAAGUACUCUGCUUUGUGCACAAAGCUCGAACGACGGCGCCAACGCUAGUGGUCGGGUCCACGUUGAGUGCUGGGCGGGUGCAGGACGCACUGCACUCGAAAGAAACCAACGAUCAGCUGCAUGCGGCCCUGGACCCAGCGUGGACGAUGCUCCACCCAAUCACGCAGCGGCAGCAUUUGUACUUUCCAGACAAGCGACUCAUUCAAUUCGACUGUGGCAAGCUGCAGCAACUGGACAGACUGCUGCGUGAGCUCAAGCGGGGCAGCCAUCGGUGCCUUAUCUUUUCGCAAAUGAGCUCCAUGCUGAAUAUUCUAGAGAUAUUUCUCAACGUCCACGGGCACACGUACUUUCGACUGGAUGGGUCGACCCCCGUGGAACAGCGGCAGCGGUUGAUGGAUAAAUUCAACACCGACCCCAAGGUGUUUUGCUUCAUCUUAUCGACUCGCAGCGGGGGACUGGGUAUCAACUUGACGGGCGCCGACACGGUGAUCUUUUACGACAGCGAUUGGAAUCCAGCCAUGGACGCCCAAGCCCAGGACCGAGCCCAUCGCAUCGGUCAGACGCGCGACGUGCACAUAUACCGCCUCGUGUCGGCGCACACGGUGGAGCAAAAUAUUUUGAAAAAAGCGCGCCAGAAAAAACAUUUGGAUUUUUUGGUCUUGUCUGAGGGGCAGUUUACGACCGAGUACUUUUCCAAGUCGAAUUUGCGCGCUCUGAUUGGUCCAGCAACUGCACAAGAUCACGACGGUGACGACGUGGCCUCUAUUUCAUCCAAUGAGAACACCGCUGCGGACAUGCGGACCAUCCAAGAUGCGAUGGCGCAGUGCGAAGAUGAAGCAGAUGUGGCGGCUAUGAAGGGCGUGGAGCUCGAGCAAGAGGCGGCGAAAGCCCAGGAUGAAACCUUUGACGAUGAAGAGAAUGCAGCAGUAGACACUGUAUCUGCGACAGCGUCGGGAGAGGCAGUGGAAGCAAGUGCGUCGUUGCGGCCGAUCGACCAAUAUGCGAUAACGUACCGAUGCACGACGGAUCCGCUGUUUGAUGGGUCCGUGGUGGAUGUGUUGCCUGUGGAUUAUGCCGAGGAAGAGGUCGAGCUCGAGCGUAUCGAAGCGAUGAAAGUGGUCGACGAGGAAAUGGCCAUUCAAGAUGGCGACUUGAUUGUGGCAGCGGAACCUGUCGAUGUGAAGACCCAAAAGCGCCUGUACGUCCGCGAACGUAGUCAUGUGAAGAGUGAAAAACGACGCCGGGCGUUGACGGGGGCUGCGUGGAUGCCCAAGACCUGCAGCCGAUCAAAUCUGCCAUUUUAUUACAACACAGACACCCACGAAGCCAUUUGGGAUCGCCCGCUUGUAUGGGUGACAAACGAUGAGCAUGCGCAUGCCGUCACUGUCGGAUACGGCGGCUUGUCCAUACCGACGCUGCUGCACCUUCUGGGCUUUGCCACUGCCAAAGACAGGAUGGCGAGUUGUGUGAACAAGCAGUGGACUGUGGCGGCGCGGCACCCUUCGUUUCACAAGCGCGUGCACUCGACCGACUCUGUCGCAGCCGUUCAAUCUCUUUUGAGUGCUCUGGAGGCCUGCGACACGGUUGCGUUUGGCAGUGGCGUGCACAGCAUGCCCACCGCCGUGCAUAUUCGCUGCCCCGUGCGCUUUACCGGUCCUCCUUUGACCCGAGGAAGCACAUGUACACUCGAGUUUUCACCUGUCAACGAGAUGAGUGGGUUGGUAUGGCAUGCCAAGGCGGGUGAAAUCUCCAACUUGACCGUGCAGAUCCCAACCUCUUCGUCGUCGCCCAAUAUGUCGACCAAGAGCCGGAGGAACGUCGUACUUACAGUCGCAUCUGACAGCAACUUGACGGUGCUGGACAGCCGCAUACUGGGGGGUGACGUGGCCGUGGCAGUGCAAGGGGGCACGGCCACGUUGGUGGAUGUCGACAUUGCCGACGCUGUCGGGUCGGGCGUGGUGGUCCAAGGUGGAUUUGUGGCGAUUGUGGCUUGUCGAGUGAGUGGACACGGGCGCUGCGGACUCGCGAUGGUCCACGGCGCCGGGAUCGUCCGGCGCAGUUGGUUUGCAUUGAAUGGACGGUACGGCGUCCGCCUUUUAGGCGGCGUCCAGAUGGCUAUGCUUGACACCAACUCCUUUGAAAACAACCGAUGCGGUGCACUCGAUAUUGAGCACUCGCACCGUCGGAUUUACAUUCGAAACUGUACCAUCUCACAACACGUGGACGUACCCCGACCCCACAGCCACGAACGAUUGAAAUUCAAAGGCUGGCAGUACGAAUGUGUCGACACGUGCGCCGCGCCAAAGCCCAAACCAGAUAAAAAGGACAAGAAAUUGCAACUCAAGGACAAGGUCGUUAGUGGGCUGCCUAUGACCAACGAUGUUUUGGUUCCAGCAGCUUCCAUUGGUGUCGCCCCAUAUCUGACGGCAGCCCCUCCGGCUUUUACCCUAGCCACGAGCAGCUGCACAAAGCUCCAGAAUGACGAGCCUGAGAUUCUAUGAUAUGAAUAAAGCAUACCGUCGUUGCACAUUCUGC